AUGUCUCAAACUGAUAGUACCAAAACCACAGGUUAGAAAAUUAAAACAUCGUUAAUAAGUUCUUUGAAAGAAACAUUUAAUUAAAUAAAAAAACCUUAUAGAUUCUACUUAUCUAAUGAAGAAUAAAUUAUUAAUGUCUUAAUAGAAUUACCUCCUGAAACUGAGCUUGUUGAUGCUAUCAAUCGAGUAUUACAAAUAGCUAGCAAGGAUAAUCCUCUUGAUUAAAAUCCAAGAAAUUAUGAAGUGUAUAUGGUAAAAAAAAAUGGAAAACCUAAAACUGAUUUUCCAUCUUAUUUAAUUGACUUAAAAAUUGAAGAAACACACAAUUAAAUCUUCUCUAUUGUUCAUAUGACAUAUUAAGAAAGAAAACAAAAAAGAAAAUCUACUUAUGAUUACAGUAACAACUACAGUCCAAUCAAAUAAAAAUAGUAAUAUAUUGAUGAAAUUAAAGAAGAAAAGAAUUGGUUUCUAAGAUUUUUAGGUUGUUGUUAAAAAUGA